AACUGAACCACCCUUCACCAGUGCCUGAUUGGUCGUCGUCUUAGGUGGACGUGCUGCUCGACAGAGAUGUCUCUUGAGAGGCUGGAACUCGAUGUUGCACUGAAGCUGGCGUUUGUGCAGAACUCUCUCACCAAAGUGGAAGAAUAUCGCCAGCACCUCCAGGAAAAUGCCCAAAAAGUAAAGGAUGAAAUCCACGAGAAGUGGAACGUCACAUUGGGAGCAUUGAGAGGAAGGGAGCGACAGUUGGUACGGCAAGUGGAGGUUGUUACAGCUCAUCAGACUUGCCUGCUGGGAACUCAGCAAGCUGGGUUAAUGCAUGGUAAAGGAGCUCUCCUGGCUACACGAGAUCUUCUCCUGCGUUGCACUCAGGCUGAUACUAGCACCCUUGAGAAGAUUAAAGUGGAUGAUAUGGAUUGCUUGAAGGAUGUUGUACCUGUGAAGCGUGUGGCAGUACAGUUGGACGAGACUGCACUCUGCUCUGCUAUUUCGGAAUUUGGUUCUGUCCAGCUGCCAGAUGCUAUCACUCACCACCCAUCACCUGUCAUCCCAGCAAAAGUUGAGGAAUAUGAAGAUGAUGAACAUGAUGUGUUGCACAAGAGUGUUGCUGGAGCAGCUUCUGGGCCAGACACACCUGUGCGCAUCACUGUCCAGUUCCCUCGUCUGUCAAAUCAAAAUUGGCUUGCUCAACAGAAGGAACAAAAUUUCAGUUCAGCUGACUCCUCAAAGGAUUCUAGUGUUGGUGCACAAAGCAAGUCUCGUGAUAUUACUUCUUGGCUGAGUAGCCUCCAGCUUGCUGGUGCUCAGGAAGAUUACGAUGCUGUUGCUCCAGCACAUAGCAGCAUUAGCAGCUAUGACAUGUUAGCUGUCAACAGUCCUGUUCACACCUCAGAAAGCUCCAGCAUUGAAAUUGUCUCAAGCCAUUAUGGUACUGAAAAGGAUAACUGCAGUUCACCAGUCUCUGGAAUGUACGAGAUAGAAAACCUUCACAUGUGUGUGGGUGGUAACCAGUCUCGGUGGCUUAGUGACAAGCAGACUCAUUCUGAGGAUUCUCUCUUACACAAGAUUGAUAUUCCAUCCGUAUGCAGAGCAAACGAGACCUGUUCUUCAUUUAAUGAUUGCUUAUGUCAGAAUAAAUGCAUUGAAACUGCAGUGGAGAAGCUACAGCAGUCUGCUCUCUUCAAAAUGAAGACUAAUCGCAAGAGGACACUAUCAGAGUCUGAGCAUAGUACAUGUAGUUCCAUACUUACUCACAUGACAAACAUAUUUAAUUCUGAAAAUGCUUUGUGGCUGUUGCAGAAGCAGGACUCUGUUCUGCCAGUACCUAUAAAGCGUGCAAUGUAUGAAGUUCCAGGAAGCAAGUGGCUAAGACUGGAGUCCAGGACUCCAGUAACCCAAACUCCACGAAUUCAACUUGCCACACAUUCCAACAUCUGGCUUCUUCAUAAGCUCAAAAGUCAGAAAGAUAAUGAAAAAGAUAUUAUGGAUGUAGAGAAAUGUAACACUGAAAAGGAUGUGGAGAACAAUAAUGAAAAGGAAGAUAGAAUAACGACUGAAGCUUUGUCAGAGGCUCUAAAGAAGAUAACUGUAGACUCAAACAUUGAAUCUCAAGGUAGGAGUUCAACUUUCAGAAACAUGUCCUCCACAAGUACGGUAAGCGGAUACUCUCCCAGUGGGCAGUCUUGGCUGUUAUCAAAAAAGCAUGUUAGCAAUCUACAAAUUCAAGACAAAAUAGAAGAGAUGAGAGCCUCUAACAAAAAGCAAUGGUUGAGUUACUCGCCAGGUAAAAGCCCAGUAAUAAAAAAGAGUGGAACCCCAAGUCUACCCCAUUUACCAGAAGCUGUGAUGUCAGUGGCACAUGCUGGAAUCAAGAGCUGGCUAUUGAAAAAUAUUUCUUAAAGAUGUUUAUAGGAUAGACUGAUGACAUUUGUUUUAUUUUUGUGAUUUUUUUUUUUUAAGUUCUCACUAAUGUUAUCCACUUUGAAAAAAUAGUUCUUGGCACAGUGUGAGCUAUGAAGUAAUGCUUGAAGCCUUAUAUUGGAAUAAGUACAGUGUAUAUGAUUUCGGUAUUGAAAAGAAAAUUGAACAUUUAAAUGUAAAUAUAAUAAAUUUAACAUUAUUAGAAUACUUACAGGAUAUAUUUCAAUAAAUAAUAUUUUAGAUUAACUUGCUAGUAUUCUCAUGAUGCUGUCAUAAGAACCUGGUAUAUAAUAGCAACAUGCUGUGGUUAGACAUGCGAGCAAACGCCGUGGACUCUUUAUGGAAAUGUUUCGGCCCUGGGACCUAGUUCAUGCCAAAACAUUUUCAAGAUGAAAUGUCUUAAGUGUUGGCUGAUGUCAUGACAGUCCUCUGACUUGCCGUCUACUACAGUGUUUCGCUAAGUCGUGUAUGGGUGCUAGUGUAUAAAUCAUUGUGACUCCUUGCCAGGAAGCCAAUCACGUACUUUGACGCUCCCAAGAACAAUGGUGCGUUCCUAAGAGGUAUGAUUAGGGAAAACAAUUUUAAGUCGAGUCACUGUAAGUAGGACCAAGCGUGAGCAGCAAUGUAGACUCCUAUUUAUACUUUUAACUUGCAAUUAGUACUACACAUUAUGAUAAACAUAUAUAAAGGGUUGAUGCUUAAAUUAAUAAGCCUGUAUUAUUGGAAUAUUACAUGCAUUUUUGUUUCUUGCUAGGGUCAUGUUGAAGUUAAGGUUAGGAUGUAGCUUUAAAAGUAUUUGCAGUUACAAAAUUUAUAUCUUGCCAUUCACUGGCUUAAAGUACUGAUGAACUGUUUUUAAACUUGCAUGCAUUAGUCUUGCACAGCCUAGAAUGUAGAAUGGAUGUACCAGUUCUUAAAUCAUGUGACUUGACAGUGGCCUAAGACAGACCAAAAAAAAUCUCAUAAUUCUCUUUUUUGUUUUUCUAUUUGUGAAUUACGUGUUGCAGUCUGUUAGUCACUACGUGUUUAAAAAUUCACAAAUUUCUGUGGUACAGUGAAUGGUAAGGUAUGUACAGUAUAUACAUAUAUAUUGUAAUAAAGUUGGUAGAAUUACCGACAAUAUGUAAAGUAAAAGGACACAAGUGCAACUAAUGUGACAUUUAUUGUGGCAACGUUUCGCUCUCCAGGAGCUUUAUCAAACCAUGGCUUGAUAAAGCUCCUGGAGAGCGAAACGUUGCCACAAUAAAUGUCACAUUAGUUGCACUUGUAUCCUUUUACUUUAUACAUAUAUAUUGCUUAAAUUGGUAUUUAUGAUAGAUCUUUUAUUUUCAAAUCUCCAGAGGUGUAUCAAAAUCUGGUUUACAGGCGCCUUGUGUCGAAUGGGGCACAGAUGCCAGAUAUUUUUGAGCACAUUAUAUCUGCAUCAGUGUAUGCAAUCAAUAUGUGUAGUGCAAUGUUGAUGUGAUAAUGUCAAAACAUUAAACAAUAUUUGAAAU